CCAUCAAACAAUCUCUUCAACAACUAAAAAACCCCAAAACACCCUAAAAUACCCAAAAAAACACCCCAAAACACCCACAAAAUACCCAAAAAUGGCCAUCUUCUUUACUUUUACCCUUCUAAUCAUUUCCCUUCUUGGAAUCACCGAGGGAGUGAAAACUGUCACUCCAAGCGGAUCAUCCUCUACUGGCUGUGUGACCUACAUGGGCCAAAUUGAGCACAUGGAAGGAGACUCUGAAAACAUUCAAUGGAAGGAAAAUACUAAUGGAGAAGCUCAUUUAAUCCUAAAAAAGUCUAUAGAAGGAUUAGACAAAGUAACUCUCAUAAUUGAAGGCAAGACUUGUAGUGCCUCCCUCGCCAAGCCUGGAGCGUGUCAAAUUGAUGACCAGGCCCAUGCCGGUCAAUUAAUCUUCGAAACUGCAAAGGCUAAAAUUGUGGUCGAAUUUGGUGCAGCUCAAAUCUUCUCUGGGAACAUGUGCGAAAUUGAAAUUGAGAAGUAUGACACAUCAAGCCAUCAAACUUUCAUUAAAAUCAACGAGGGGAAAUUUAAAAUUAUCCCCGUUUCAGCACCUAUGCCUAUUGCCUGCAAAUUUAAGAAGAUUUGA